UAUCUUUGGUCAAAACAUCUUUUGAUGCUCUCGACGACCGCUCUAAGAAUGAGGCGAUCCGUUUCAUCACCCAAUUCCAAAUUCAACGUUCCAGAGUGCCAAGCUCAUUUUUUCUUUCUUUCCCUCUACAUCGUAAUCCCACCAAAGAAAUCACCAUGUCGCCUUAUCAGCCCACCAAGAAUCUCUUUUUCCUGCUGCUAGCAGUUGGCGUUGUGGCUAUUCGAGGCAACGAUGGUGAGACCCCGCCGGCACCCCCAGGGCCAGGUCAAACCGAAGUUGCUUCCGGACCGGAAGAUGCAGGCCGUUGUGUCUUUUGUGAUACGGCGCAAGGCUUCGAUGCGGAUCUAGAGUUUGCCGGAAUCGAUUGCAAUCGUUGGUCUUUGGUUGCAGCCUUUGCUCCUGUAGGCGAACAGUGUAUGGUGCUGCGAGCCGCAGCUGUGCAAUUCUGUGGAUGCCCCACAGAGGUGGAAGAAACGUGCACCCUUUGUCCCCAUGGCACAGAAGGAUUCAAUCCCGAUCAAAGCCUUUUGUUCCUCAGGGAUUUGACGUGCGGUGAUAUUGUUGACAUGCCUGCUGUGGAUGGACCCGAAACCUGCACGUUCAUUGACCAGUUCUCCUACAUGUGCGGCUGCCCUGGUGUUGUGCCAACCUGCUCGCUGUGUGGCCUAGACGAGAGUGGAAAUCAACUGUUGAUGGAACGCUCCGAAGAAGUCUUGAUCCCUGGCAAUAAAGAAGAAGGUCAACACGACGUGACUUGCUCCGAAUGGGAUAAGCUAAUGAGUUUGCACGCGGAACCCAACACGCCAGAGACAGCUACUAGCCGUUCCGGUGGAACGACUGCCUGUGAACGAGCUUUGGAAAAAUCCGAAGAAAGAACGGGUGUGCAGUUGGAAGGACUGUGUGGCUGUCCCGGAGUGGAACCUGCCAUGGAGUGUUCGGGAUGUCCUGAUGGACUGCACCUGCAUUCUAGCAAGAGCGAAGAAUGCGCUAGACUUGCAUUCCUUGCAUCCCACAUCACAAAUUCUACCAAGUGUGAGAUUGUUCAGGAAGGUGCAAUGUCAAUCGAUUGUUGUUUGGAAGAACCGGAGGCAAAGCCAGAAGAGAUUGAUGUCGGCCCGGUUUCGAGCACCGCCGAAGCUCCCUCUUCUGGUGCGACGAUAGCAUCGUCUUUGUUUGCGGGUUUUGCCACUGCCAUGGCAAUUCUCGGAUUCGUGCUCUAAAGGGUUCGUUGAAAAGAUGAAAGGGCGAAAUGAUGGAAUCCAGCCUUGCUUCUCAAAAACAAAGAUUUUCAUGUGGAACAUAAUCUACUGGUAUGCAUAGAGUUAAAGAAUCUCAGAGUAUAUGUUUCUAUCCUUUCCUUUGGCUAAUGGUUUUCAGAAUUGCACA